AUGCGUUCCGACGCUCCUUUGCCAGGGUCCAAGGCCGUUUCCAACAUGAACGUUCCUGUCCCACCUUUGUUCCAUCUCGACACGGUUCAGUCCGACAUCCUCCCGGACAAUGGCGAAUAUGUCCUGAAAGUGUCGAUAGGGACCCCGCCCUACGAUGUCUACGCCAUCGUCGACACCGGCAGCGACCUCUUUUUGGUGCCAGCUCCUGGCAGCACCUCGUGCGCUUCUCCCUUGAACACGUGCAACUACACCAGCGCAUACGCGGAUUCGUCCCUGACGAAGGGGGUCCUCGCGACGGAGACACUGACCUUCGCUUCCACCACUGGACCACCAGUGACGCUCCCGAACAUAGUGUUCGGUUGCGGCCACAACAACACCGGCGUCUUCAACGACAACGAGAUGGGACUCGCCGGGCUCAUGCGAAAGGCCCCGCCUCAUCUCGCAGAUAGGCACGUCCUUCGGGGCCAGGCGGUUCUCUCAGUGCCUAGUCCCCUUCCACACCCACCGACCGUCACCAGCAAGAUGAGCUUCGGCAGCGGCAGCGAGCGUCGGAAGCACCUACCUGCCUUUAACUCUUCUGGGGCGAGCCACGUCUCUAAGGGGAACGUGUUCCUAGACUCGGGGACGCCUAUAACCAUCGUGCCGAAAGAUUUCUACGACAGGUUGGCAGCGGAGGUGAAGAGAGCGGUGGAAUUGACACCCAUAGAUGACCCUCAGCUGAGGCCGCAGCUGUGCUACGGGAGGGACGUGCAAGCGAAGGGGCCGGUGCUGACGGCGCAUUUCGACGGCGAAGCCGACGUGGAGUGGAAGCAGACGAGCACGUUCAUAGAGGCUAAGGAUGGCAUAUUUUGCUUCGCCAUGACUUCCACUGAUAGUCCUGGUGGGAUAAUCGGCAACUAUGCUCAGACUAAUUAUUUGAUCGGGUUUGACCUCGAUGCAAAUACUAUUUCUUUCAAGCCAACCGAUUGCACCAAGCUGUGA